GCUCUCAUCUGCAGGUUUGCGCUCACAUUCUUUUCAUCGUCUCUCUCACCCAGAUCGCUAUGAUUCAGUGAGCCUUUUGAGUCAUUUCAUUUUAAUAGUUUGUCGUCAGGUCCGUUGCCUUCGACAUCUGAAUUCCUCUCUAAAAUGCUGACUGCGAGUGUAGUUUUGUGUGCCAUUGCGGCACUGGCUACAGCUCAAGAUUGUCCACCUGCCUGGACCGAAUACGACAAGCGGUGUUUCUACUACGAUGCGACAGUCAAGACCUGGGUUGAGGCUCAGGCACGUUGCCAGUUGUUCGGAGGGAACCUCGCAUCUGUACACAGUGACGAUGAAAAUGCAUUCAUUCGGACGCUAACCCAGGGAACCGCGUGGCUUGGAGGCUCAAAUUGCCAAAUGACGGGAGCUUGGCUCUGGAUGGACGGUACACAGAUGCUGUUCAGAUUUUGGUGUCCACUAAAACCAGACAAUGACCUGACACAGUGCUGUCUACAGACGAACACUGGCGUGAACAAAUGCUGGGAUGAUGUGCCCUGUAGCUCUGCCCUUCCGUUUGUGUGUGCAAGGCCUCUUUAGGGAUUCCGGGUAUGUACAUCCAGCCCGACUCUUGUUCGAGGAAAUAACGUCUCAGUAACACACAAACAGGCCUUUGAUGGCGUUGAAGGAAAGGAAUGAUCGAGGCUGAAGCUCAACAUGCUGCGAUGAGACGUGUAGCAGGGAUUUUUUGUUUCCACUUGAUGUUGCUCAUGUUAAAUAUAAUUCCACGCGCACUCCAGUUCCAUUCGCAAGAAGAGUACAACGGUUGAUGGAAUGAAUUAUACGAGUUCAGGCGCAGUCAAGGGUUUUAUUGCGCGAAAAAAAGAUUGUAUCAGGUCGCAGGCGCAUCUGUGUUUGUUUGCAGGAGGAAAACGCAACGGAUGAGAGCAGAGGAUGCGGUGACGUCACCGGAAGACACGCCCGUGGAGGCAAAGGAGACCAGAUCGGAGAGGAAAGCAAGACCAGGAUCCGAACCCGUUGCAGACUCCAGACUCUUACUUUUGCUAUAGCUUAAUGAUACAUUUUGCAAUUGUUAGUUAAUAAAUCGAGGACGGUGAAUCCAAAAUCCGAGCAAGAUCUGGAGUCAUAUUGGACUACAUGGACACGCAUCGCCCCUUCUGAUUUAGAUUGUCAUCUCCGUUUUUAGCUUACACAGAAACGAGAUGGAACUGAUUCAUCAUUUCAUGUUAUGCACUUAACAGUAUGAUAGGAGUAAAAAAAAAAAAAAAAAAAUACAAAAUCUGAAGCUCGAACUGUAAUGCUCCAGGUUUGUCCUUUCUAGUUGACAUGGCUUGCUCACAUUUUGGCCAGCAUCAAAUCGUGAACACCAGGGCA